CUUUUCAUGGUUGUACAAAGUAAAGUAGUACUGGAUGUACUACCGGCGGUUAUAUCAUAUAUGUUUUGUAACUAUUUCAUUUAUUGUGGAAGAAGAAGCAGAUGAAAAUAUGGAAUAAUUGGGAUCGAAUAAUCUACAAACAACUACUCUCCGGUCAGUCCGGAUUAAUUCAUUUUGUUUAUAUUCAAAUGUAUAAAGUAUAAGGAAUAGGCGUCUAGGCCUAGGUGAAGUCGCCGAAGUAGGCCCAUACUAUUGCUAGUAUUAGUAGUAUACUAUACUAUGUGGUGUCUUGUAAAAAAAAUGUAAAUUAAAUAGUAAUUUAAGUCUUGUAAUUAUUAAUAUUAAUUGUGUUUUUUAUGUGACUUUAUUAUUAUUUGUUAAAGUUCACUUUUUUUAAAUUUUAGUAGUAGGCUAUAGUAGGCCUAGGCUAGUAUGCCUAUGCCUAUACUAAUAAAAAAAACUUAGUCUAUCUAUACUAUAGUCUACUAUACUAUACUAUAGUAUAUCUAAACUCUAGAAUAAUAUAGCCCUACACUUGUUUUAAUAAUAAGUCUACUAUUACUAUUAGUUUAUUUAAAUCAGGAAAGAGGAGAUGGCAAAGGAAGGUUGGAAAGUCACUAAAUCAAACUCAACUGAGGUAGCCUACUCAAGCUCAGUGUUAUUAAUACUAAUAAUAAUACUUUUACUAUUUCUGAAAUCAUUAUUAAUUAAUCCAUGUAUGGAUUGGGUUAUCGGAAAGGCAUGGAGGUUCCCCAGGUCAACUAUUGGCCAUAGUUCAAUAUGUCAAAAGCUUUCCUUUGGUAGCUCUGGACUCUGGAGUGUAAAAUUGUUUAUUUGAUAUAACUAUAUGUUUUUUUCUACACAUUUUUUUGUUUUUGUCUUGAAAAAAAAGAAGGGGGGAGAAAAUCGUGGUGAAAUGAAUGGCAACCUGUACUGUGUUGGGGUAUGAGCAAGUUUUAUUUUCCUUAUUAAAGCAGACCUGCCAACCCUUCGCCUUCCGAUUUAGUCGGAAUUAUACUGAUUUUUUUACCCCGACAAACCCCUUAAAAUUCCAAUUUUUCUAACUUUAUAAUUUUCACUCGUCAUAAAAAUGUGAAAGCGACAACAAAAAAACUGGUACGACAGGAAGUGUAGCAUUUGUUUUUACGAAGUGUCUACAUGAAUAAGUGAAUAAGUUCUCAAGAUAUUUGUCCGGCCACUAUUAUAUAUUUGACCAAAUCACAUGAACAGCGCAACAAAGUUGCACAAGAUAUUUGUCCGUCAGUCUUGUCAUGUGACCACUAAUUGUCACUAAGAGUUUACGUUACUUCAUUUUAACAAAUUCAACAUAUUCUGAACAUUUACAUGAAAAAGAAAUAUGUUCAAUUUUACAAAAGAAUACUAGAACCAUUGCUGGUAUAUAUAAUUAACACUUGGUUAAAAAGUGACAAUGUUUUAUAUAAAGCGUGGCAUGCCCAACCAAUGAAUAUCUCCUGCACUAUUUGUCCGGUCGCCUGACGCAUAGACACUGACUUGUUUUUAGCGAACCGAACUGCAAUCUCCAAAUCAUUCUUAAAUCAUCAAUUAAUCCGAUCGUGAUUCAUCCUAUUUUACAAGGCUAAAAAAUAAAGCUACUCUUAAUUAAAUGGUUAAAUCGAUUGAAAGUGGUGGGUACAAUGAUAUAAAUAAACAUAUAAAAAUAUUUUAACCCCAAAAAAAAAACAUACAACUGCAGCUAAAAGUAAAAGUAAUCCAUGUCUAGUUAAAAGUUUCUUUGCUAAGGAAUCGGACGAUUCAGUUAUCAGAUCUUUUUUUUUACCACCUUAAUAUUGACGGAAAUAUUUCUCUAGCCAACUCUGAUCGUUUUAAUGUCAGAGUCAAAGAAAUGUUUUCAGACUCGCAGAUUGCUAGAAGAUUGUGAAGAAAAAUUACAAUGAAACAAGAGCAAGUAUGAAAGCUGAUACUCUUUCUAACUUGCUUGUAACUAAAAUCAAUUGCAAUGGUAACCUUCACAUGUCCAAAGAGCUGUUGGACAAGUGCAAAAGGGCACUGGUGAUAUACUGGAAAACUGAACUCUUAACAGCCUGUGUACACAUGGUAAAUAAAAUGGAUCUUCUGUCCUGUAAUGUAUAUAUCUGUAUAUAAACAUUUCCAGUAAUUUUUUCUCAUGUUCUGUGGGCUCUUCAAAGACUAUGGAGAUAACUUUAUAUUUCUUUAUUUACUAAAAAUGGUUUGGGAAUUAGUUUAUAGAUCUUAAACCAGCGUCUGCGCCCCCCACCUUUGCAUGCUCCGCCCUACAGAUUUUUUUUUCUUGGUAGGUUGGCAGGUCUGUUAAAGACUUUUUUAUACUCACAUUUCCAUCUUGUUUGAUUUUUGUCUUUUUUUUUUCGUUGAUACUGGUACACAAGGUUGGUUCAUUGUCUGUCUGUUUGGCCUGAGAUGAUGACACAUAGUUAUAGCUCCAAAACGCAGCAUGGAGAAGAGGGGUGAGGUAGUGAGAGAAAGAAGAAAAGGUUAUUUUAAAAGAAAAAUCCUACCACUUGCAUUUUGGAAAUUAGACUGUCAAUAAAUUCUACUUUCUAUUUGUAAGCCUUAGUAAGCAGCUAAGUCACUUUAACUGGGGUUUUGUAUGCAUUCAAUGUUAAUGAAAAAUUAAACUUUUAAAAAAGACUUUCUUUUGAAGACAAGUUUAAGCGAACAAAAAAAGCGGAAAUAAUUUUUUUAAAUUUAUUCAAACAUAUUUUAGUUUAUUCUACAUUUAAUUGGAUUCCUUUAGCUUCAUAGAGUGCAGCACUACCCUUCUGCACAUACUAGCAUAGUGAAUUUUAAGAAAAUUGUUUUUUAUUUUUUAGUUUGCUUUUUUUUUUUAAGUUUAAUUUUUUAAUAUUUAUUUUGAACUAAACCUUGUAAGUUGAAUUUUUUUUUUUUUAAAGAAUGGCACAUGUCAUUUUAGUAUAUUUUAUUUUAACUUUAUUGAUCAUCAGGUUUAGUUUAUGAUGCCAAUAAUGAUCAGUGAAGAGCAGGAAAGUUAUCACACGCAACUUUAUCUGUCAAGUCCAACAUUUGAUCUAUUCACCUUAAGUCCAUUGUUGGGAUUCCCCAAAUUGGUGUCACUUUGUUAGGGUGAGAAAAUUCUUGGCAAAACACAUACCGCUAACCAAAUCUUUACCCCAUGGCCCAUAGGCCGUUAUGACUUAAUUGGGUCAAGUUGGGUGUGAAUAUUUUAGUUUGAUACAUAUCAGAGAACAUUAUUUAGAGAUAGCAACAUCUUUGUGAAAGUCAAAGAGUUUUUGGAGUAAUUCAAUAAGUAUUGAGUAUUAUAAAAGAGGACAUGUGCAGUGGAGGAGAUUUUAUGCUCUUGAGAAGUGGGGUCCUUUCCAUGAAUGGAGCCUUAUGAGGGGAGAAGAGACAUUAUUGGGACUGGCUGACCAAAGUGAGAUGUAUGUGAAUUUGUGAGAAAAUAGUUAUGUUAGAGCCAGGAUAGUUUUACAUAAAUGUUGUAUCUGAAAUUCUCUACAGGUUGCCGUUGAAAAAAAAAAAUUUUUAAGAAAUUGAAGCAAUUUUAUUUUUUGUUUCAGAAGUUGUAAAUUCACUUUCACCAUACAUCAUGAAGUUUAAAUGGCAGUACUUUAUCAAACUAUUUGGACUUAAACCAAAGAAUCCACCAUCUGGUGUUUAUGUAAGUGUUAAUGUACCGGUACCUAAGAGGAGGAAAUUGUCAUCAGGACUGUCAAGGCAUUCAACCAAGGCUGUUAUUAAAGUUAGCAUUUGGACUUUAGUCACAUUGUUGCUUGCUUUCCUUUUGAUAUACACAAUUUUAUUGGCAUAUGUUGACACACAUCUUCACCCUUCCAUAAUAACUUCACCAGGAGUUUAUAAAAAAGUAAAAUUUCAAGGCAGAUAUUCUUUAGGAAUACCAAAGCAAAAACCCAACAACUCCUUGACUAUUAAUAUACUUGAUGGAAAAAAGGUCAAGUCUGUGUGGAAUUCCAGUUCAUAUUAUCUGGAAAAUGAACCUUUGCCAAAUUGUAAAUGGCAAACUAUUUUUCGUGUUAUUGUAGCAUCUGCUGUUGAAAAUACUGGUCGCAGGAAGGAAAUAAGGAAUACUUGGUGCAACCCUGAGAGGUUCUCCUCAAUGCCAGACCAUGCCUGGCAUUGUAUUUUCUUGGUAGGAAAGCCAGAUAAUGAUGAUUCUCUCUUUCUUCUCAACAAGGAAAAGAUGCAGUAUAACGAUUUACUUGUUGGAAACUAUGCAGAUUCGUAUCGGAAUCUGACACUUAAGGUAAUACAUGGAUUUAACUGGAGUGCAAACUACUGCCCUAGCUCUUACAUUAUCAAAACCGAUGAUGACUGUUUUGUCAACACAGGGCUGCUUCAUGAGUUUCUGCUCCACCAUAAUGAUAAAACUAGUGGUCUAUAUGCUGGUAGAGUAUUUUUUGAUUCUGAAAUGUUGCAAGUUAUUCGAGGGGAUUCUAAUAGAUGGUCAGUGCCAUAUGAUCAGUACCCAGAUAAAUUUUAUCCUCCCUAUGCCAGUGGUCUGGGGUACAUAAUUUCUACUGAUGUGGUAAAGAAAUUGGUGCAUGAAAGUCAGUAUGUGAUUCCUUUUGCCAAUGAGGAUGCUUAUAUUGGAGUUGUCAUGUCAAAGAUAGGCAUUAAACCAAUAACCAGCAAUAGGUUUUUGCUUGGCUCAACUGGAUUGUCUCUCUGCAACUUCCGUUAUCUUUUUAUUGUUCAUGGUGUUGAAAAAGACCAGCAAUCUGUUUUAUUAAGAAAGGCAUUGGAAGCACCAGUCAGCUGUAAUCGGCCACUUAUAACAUCCUGGAGCUAG